AGUCCAGUGCAACCAGAACUAAGCAGCAGCCAGCCAGCAGGCAAAAGCAUGGCAAGCUGCAUGAAGCUGCUAGUGUUGCUUGCCCUCGUGCAGGUCCUGUUGUCCCUCCACGUCCAAGUCUCCGAAGCCACUACCAAUAAGCACCACCACCACCACCACAAGCCGGAGGAGCCGGGCUCGGGCUCGGGCUCGGGCACCUGCCGACUCAGCGGCCACCUCCACGGCAAGGCCGGGAACUGCAAGAAGCUGCACGGGUCGGACUGCUGCCAAGAGGGCCACAAGUACCCGCAGUUCCGGUGCUCGCCCCCGGUGUCCGCCAGGACGCCGGCGACACUCACGCUGAACAGCUUCGAGAAGGGCAAGGACGGGGGCGGCCCGUCGGAGUGCGACAACCGCUACCACAAGGACAGCGAGACGGUGGUCGCGCUGUCCUCCGGGUGGCUGCGCCUCGACGGCACGCGCCGGUGCGGCCAGACGGUCAGGGUCACCGCCACCAACGGGCGCUCCGUGCUGGCCAGGGUCGUCGACGAGUGCGACUCGGUGAACGGGUGCGAUGAGGAGCACAACUUCGAGCCGCCCUGCCCCAACGACGUCGUCGACGGGUCCCCCGCGGUGUGGAAGGCGCUGGGGAUCAAGGAGAGCCUCGGUGAGGUCAAGGUCACCUGGUCUGAUGUCUGAGCCGGCGCGGCCGUGUGGAACGCUGUCUCAAGUAUACGUACGUAGCCAACCUGCUGCGUGAAGACACACGCGUACGUAUAUAGGUGUGCGUUCUUCUCCCUUGCAUGAACAUGUGUCAUGGGAUAUAUGCUACUAGUCUUGGCCGUGAGGGGAUAUAUAGCUACUAAAUAAACCAUCACGUAGUGUUUGUCGACGUCGUUCCUAAUUAAAAGUACGACCACUGUUCCUUUCGCUCAAAAAGUUC